AUUUUUGUAUGUUGUAACCAAUCUAUAAAUAAUGAAUUACAGUUAGUGAUGCAUUUAAAUACAAUUGUGUAUUACAGCUAUAAUGCAUGUAUUAGAAAACAUUUGAAGUUUGCAUUUGAACGUCCCUUUUAAAUCUGCCCCAUAGUCACUUGGAAGAUAAAACAUUACCAAAAAAAUAAUUUGAAAUAACUGGCAAGCAUAAACUACAAGGUGGAUUGAAAACUAAUAAGUACUGCACAAUUUUGUGAAAGAAUUAGUUGGAAACCUUUACUCACGAGAUAGUAAAUCCCUUACAACAUUAAUUUUUUACUUCACUGGUACAAACACGACGAAAGGUCAUAAAUCUUUUUGAAAAAGAAACGCGCGCGCUUUGUUAGUGCUGCCAAUAUUAAAAUGUAGUUGCGGCAUAGAUUAACAUGAAAUUACGUGCAGAAAUCAACAUGUUCAAAUCUGCUCCUGUGCCAAGGCGCCUCCUUCUCCCCUAAUGUCUUUGUUUAAAAUAAUCUCAUUAUGAGAACUCUUAUAGAAUUCUACAGCGACUAAUAUCAAAGGAAUAAAUAUUUGUUUCGUGUAUUAAAUAAAAUAAUACCAUUUUCAUAAAAACAAUUAGACCAAAGUUCUUAAUUCAAAUAAGGACAUUCGUGUUUAGUAAUGGUUUAGUACAUCAUUCCAUCUUUGUCAAUUGUUUUAGGUCAAAGAGAUGGUAUGAGACUUAAAAUUAUAUUUUGAAUUAAGAAUUUUGGUGCAAGUGCGCCUAGCUUCUGAAUUCAAAACCUUUUUCCUUUUUAUAAUAACACAAAAAUUAUCGAUAUGCCUAACAAUAACAACGUACCGACACAGAUAUUUCACACCCUGGAAAAUUUCUUGAGCAUCGACCAUAGGCAAGGAAGCCUGCGCAGUGCACAGCAAUUAACGUACAAAACGUCUACUGCGCGAGUUUAUUUGUCUGUAGUUUUGCUCGAGAAUUAAAAAAUACUAACAAAAAGAGUGAAAAUAUGAAAGAACUUGUUUAAAUAAAAAAACUAGGCUGUAUAAUAACUACUACGGUCUAAUUCUUUGGAUAAAAAAAUAAGAGAAAAGGUUUUUGGCGGGAUUUCAUCAAGUGCGGUUGGCGUCUUAUUUUAAUUAUUCUUAAAUUCGUUCAUAGUGGAUAUUGUGAAAUAAAAUUGGUGUGAUUUUGUAUUACAACCGGCAGCGCAACUGAAGAAUUAGUGGAAUCUUUAAAAUAUACGCUAUUCCGGUCAAGUGGGCGUGAGGACUUUAUUGUAGUGUUGACUACCUCACAGAAGCUUACCGGAAAAGCCAACUCGAUACAUUUCGUGCCAAACACUCCAAGAAACAUUAGAAUGAGUCACACCGACAUUCUAAUGUAAAAAAAAACAAUGAUUAAUAACACUAAAGACUUGGCUGUAUGGGCAUUGUUUCUUUGAAAAGGCCUUCCCUGAAAAGGGAGAAUCUUAAAAAAGAAAUAAGACAAAAGUAAUGAAUUUCCCGCCUUAUCUUUAAUUUCCACAAAGUAUUUAUCUACUAGGAGAAUUUCAGUCUAUAAGUGUAAGUAUUUUCCCCCGAAUAUGUUAUAUCUGUUAUUGGCACGACAAACUAUCGCAUUUAUUUUUAUACUUACAAUUACCUCCAUUCUUCAGUUUACUCUUCAUUUAUCUACCUCUUCUUUUAGUAUUGCACUUUUUUGAUCCAUCUUAAAAUUUCAAAAGCGGCGUUGUUGUAUACAUUGAGAGUAAUAGAUAAUUCAGUAUAUUAUAUGCCCUUGCCCUCCCCUCAUCAGCAUGACGGGAACUGCGAGUGUCGAGGGAAAAAAAAACAUUAAUAGCGCCAGCGGUCAAGUUUUCUGUAUAGAUUCUUAGAUUAAAACAAUAAUCUAAGUAUAGAUUAGAUAGUCAUCAUUAUCAGCAUAUUAAUGACGCCACUGCUGAGGUAAAGACAUAUACAGGCAUACCAAAUCGAUGAAAUAGAGAUAAUGGUGAUUGUAAACGACUGCAGAUGCAGCAGGGACCAACGGCUUAACGUGCCCUCGGAACAACGGAGGAGCUCGACAUAUUUUUUUAACUUUCCUAUGACCGAACAUGGCAAAUGUUGCUACAAAUUCAAAUAUAUAAUAUUUAUAAUAAAUUAUUUAUACACAUGUGUCAUAAAUAAGUAACUAUUAUGUUUAAACGAUGAUUCAGAGCAAUUGUACUGCAGGUUUUAUUAUAUGAACAACGGUCUACUGUAUCUACUUAUGUUUGCAUUCGAGUUCUUUUGCAUCAUAAAAACGAAGAAAGCGGCGCAAUAAACAAAUUUUUUGUCGUUUGCGGGGUAACUGCGCGUUCGUUAUUAAUUUCACAGUCGCCAUUUUACUCAGUUACAUCGGAUCAUUGCCCCACAUAGACUUCCGAAGGGCGGCUCCGCGAAGCAUAUCGGGCGGAAACUACUCGUGCUCAAGAAGCAGAAGCAACUCGCGAUGCCGCCGAGCGCGCGGCUUCUGACGCCAGGAACACUGCGGCAGCGGCUGCGGCUAGCGCUACCCAGGCUACGGGUACUCUGUCGCAAGCGCUGGAAGAACUUACUGGGCUAAAGAUGCAAAUAGAUUUGGGGGAACGUCAACGAAUUCUCCUAGAAGAGCGUUGCUCUGAGAUGUCACUACAGCUCAGCUCAUUAGAGAGAGAGCUGCAACAGUUACAACCUCUGCAAUCUGCACAUGCCGCUCUGCAACGUCAGUAUAUAGAGCUGCAGGAACUAGUCAGAAAGGCCACAGAACAGGCCCGCUCUGAAUCAUCCCGACUGGAAGCGGAGUUGCGAAGAGUAGAGAGAUGUGCGAGCGGUGGUUCGGAAUUGCGUGAACGUGCUCGACUCGCCGCCUCCGCUCACGCACGCGAGAGGAAACUGGCAACCGCGGAACUACAACACGCCACUACUGAACUUCAAGCAGCUAAUGCUGAAAUUGCGAGACUCCGAGCACUAGUAGCUGAACUGCAACUUCGGAAUACAAGUGGACCUCAUACUAAAGUAAAGGAAGACCCAGAUUCUGAAGUCUUGGCUGAGCUUCGUGCCACACUCGAAGCCGAGAGGGCAGGUUCAGCCAGACUAGAACGAGCUUUAGCCGCGGCUUUAGCGGACAAUGCGGCUCUAGCUGCCAAUCUUCACGCGAUUGAUAACGUACAUUCAGCAAUCACAAUAUCGCAACCUAUCCAGGACCCAGCCGCUACCAAUAUAGGCGCCAUUGACUCUUUUCUUGCGGAAUAA